UUCGAGGCAGACGUUACGUUCAAAACGUUCGGCGCGCAAGAAUCUCUUCAAAAGCGACACACUGGCCAGCCUGCAAGCAAACAUAUUCAACAAACAUCUCUCUGCGUGGAAGAAUCUACAACUCUGCACACACAGCAACAGACAGCGCCAGCGCACUCGUAGAAAGUCCGCCGACUCAGUAACGUCGCGUCUGCGCAGUGAACAUCAACCCAACAAGCGGACCCCAAAAAAUAUACAAAAAUUUCAUCAGAAAUUUCAGUGUGUGCUCCCUACAGUGCGAACAAAAUCCGAGUUUAUACAUCAAAGAUCUGCAUGCAACAUGCAGCAUAACGAAAUGCCAUCAAAAUGUUGACUCCUCUUGACUUUGCGGAUGGACUUUAGGCUUUCUAAUAAGUUCAACUUCCCCCCCACAACCCAUACUAAACAUCAAACCCAACACACAACAGUUUUUUAUUGACCUGAGCGAUCGAUCCGUUGUCGUCGCGUCUUGUGUUCUCCGCAUAUCAAAACGGAAAAGUGAAAGUGAUUUUUCGGGGGGCUGCGUGUGCGUGAGUGCCACUUGAAUUAUAAAUAAAAUAUAUAUACAAAUUGCCCACACCGCAACGUACAAUGACAACAGCCAGGCAAAUAACAACCAAAUAAGCCCAGCAAGAGAAAACUAUCAAGAAAUAAAUCAAGCAAGAAACGUCUCACUUUUGGAUUAACAACAGCAGCAGCAGCAGCAGCAGCAGCAGCAGAAGCACAAGGCCAAUCAGCCAGCAAGGAUUUGGACUAACAACGAGGAACUGUGGCAAAUUGAAAUUGGAUAUGGCUGCCAACGAGAUUAUGACACCAACAGUCAAUGCUAAUUGCCAAUACUCCACGAGAUAUUGUUGGGAAGCAGAAAAAGUCAAAUCUUUGAUCAGAUUACGGGCGGAGCUGUCGCCCCUGUUUACGGGCAAGCGAAAUGCCUCCAAAUAUGCUUGGGCCGUGGUGGAACGGGAACUCAAUGUGCCGCUACCACUGUCGAAGAUCAUCAAGAAAUGGAACAAUCUCCUGCAGGAGUACAAGGCAAUCAAAAUGUCGGAGGAGCCCAAGCGACGGGAGUGGCCCUUCUUCACCCUGAUGGAUGUUUACUUCAGCGACCAGGUCAACGAUCCCUCGCUGCGUCUCUUCUCGUCCACGAAGACAUUGAAGGAGACCCUCGACGACAGCGUCUUUGAGGAUGAUCCAAUUAUCGCCUCGGCCAUUGCCGCAGCCACCAGCGGCGCCUACAUGGACAUCGAUGAGCUGAUCCGGCGGCAGAAGGAGCGCGCCGCACAGGCUGCCGAGCGGAAGCUGGCGGCAGCUGCCAGCGGAGCCGCUGGGGAUUACAAAUACGAGCUGAAGCCGAUGCUGCCCAACAGCAAGUUCAACAGCAACAGCGAGAUGGUGAAGCUGUCCAAGAGCGUGGACGAUCUGUCCAUGCAGCAGUACAAGAUCAAGCAGGAGCUGAUGCGACAGCGCGAGCAGGAGCAGCAGGAGAACAUGGUCAAGAUCAAGCAGCAUGCACGCCAGCAGCAGCAACAGCAGCAGCAGGCACAGCAGCAACAUCAUCAGGCCCAGCAGCAGGCACAGCAGCAGCAGCAGCAGCGAUUCAUGAGCCACCAGCCGGCCCUGUCGCCGCAUCCACAUCGCAUGUCGUCCUCGUCGACGCCACCGGGUCUGCAGCACGCCCUGCAACAGCAGCAGCAGCACUUGCUGCAACAACAGCAGCAACAUCUGCAGCACCAGCUGCAGCAGCAGCAGCAACAACAUCAGCAGCAGCAACAGCAACAGCAGCAGCAGCAGCAGCAUCACCAUCAGCUCGCUCAUCCCCAUCAACCGCCCACGCCGCGUCCCAGCUCGCCGCCCACCACGGCGCAGCAGAUCCACAUCACGGCCACACAGCAUCAGGCAGCACAGCAGCAGCUCCACCAGCAGCAGCAGCAGCAGCACCAGCAGACGCACAAGCAACAGCAGCAGCAGCAGCCGUACACAGAUCCCAACACCAUCGACCAGUAUCUGCUGUCGUGGAACAACUUCCACGGCAACAUGUGCCGCGGCUUCCACUCCCUGCAGAAGGACGAGAAAAUGGUGGACGUGACCAUUGCAGCCGGCGGCAAGAUAUUCAAGGCCCACAAAUUGGUUUUGUCCGUUUGCAGUCCGUACUUUCAGCAAAUCUUUCUGGAGAAUCCAUCGAGUCAUCCCAUUCUGCUGAUGGCCGACGUGGAGGCCAGUCACAUGGCCGGCCUGCUCGACUUUAUGUACAGCGGCCAGGUGAAUGUCAAAUACGAGGAUCUCCCAGUGUUCCUCAAGGUGGCCGAGGCCAUGAAGAUCAAGGGGCUGCACACAGAGAAAAACCUGGACAGCGAUGCCAGUGACAUUAGUUCGCCGCAUGAGAGCGACGGCACCGAGUGCCGCUACGAACGGGGCACACACAGCGUCAAUAUAACCAGCGGACAUGCCGCUGGCUAUGCCGGACAGCCGCAGGCGCAUCAGUCCUCGCCUUCACCGUCCCUCAAUGGCCCCAACCGUUGCCCCACACCCCUGUCCAGCGGUGGUGGUGGAGGAGCCAGCUAUGCCGGCUUCCGGGAUCACAUCAAGUCGAAGGCAACGCUGGCGGAGACCUUCAUCAAGAAUCUCAAUCGCAACAACAACAACAGCAGCAGCAGCAGCAACUACAACAGCAACGGCGGCAACAUCAAUCUGGCAGAGUCCGAGAGCAACUCCUUUGCCAUCCUGCAGGCGAACAGCAAGAAGAUGCUGGACUCGGCCCGCAAGCAGCACAAAUAUCUGGCCAAGCGCAAGAUUCUGAUGCACUACAACACGGAGGUGGGCGGGGAGAAGCGGCUGAAGGAGAUGGAACGGGAGCGAGAGCGUUAUCCGAGUGCCGAGCAGCAUGACGAUGCGCUCAAUAAUAACCACAGCCACGCCCAUGGACAGGAUAGCGUCAACAUUAUGGAGCCCAUAACGACAAUUGUGCCACAGACACCGCCGCCAGCGACGCACAACAAUAGCUUCAAGAUACGCCUCGUGGAGAGUCAUCAUCUGACCAACAGUGGCAACAGCAGCAACAACAACAACAACGAAAGCAGUGGCAGUGGCAGUGGCAACAACAACAACAGAAACUGCCACAAUGAUAACAAUGAUGAUGAUGAUGAUGAGGAAGCCUUGAAUCUCGUACAAAUCCCGAAUGCAAAUGGCAGCCGGGCCCGCCCACAAACCCCAACACGCUCAACGCCCACACCCACGCCGACGCCCACGCCCAGGCAGACGCCCACGCCGGACAUACAGCUGAUAAAACGCGAAGUGGAGCACGACCUAUCCGGCGAGGCCAGCAAUCAGAACAAUGGCCAUGACGAGGAGCUCUCCGGCUAUGAGCGCAAGUACGACGACAACAACAACAGUCGGGCAAUGAACAUGGAAACGGAUUCGAACAACAACAGCAGCAAGCAAUGUGGCGACACAGGGAGCAACAACAGCAACAACAACAAUGGCAUAGCUUUGGCUUUGGGUAAGCACAAGCUGCUCAGUGCGAUCAAUCGGAGCCUGGAACUGGAGCAGCAGCAGCAGCAACAUGCCGAGGAGCAGGAGGCGGAACAUCACAAGAACAACAGCAACAGCCAUGGGGAGCACGACAACGAUGACAACAACAACAACAAUCACAGCCAACAUUUGGAUCUGAGCACCAUCAAGAACAUAGCCACUGCCGAGAUACUGUGUGGUCUCAAGAGCAAGGUCCUCAAGCUCGAGGAGGAGCAGCGCGAGCGGGAAAGGGAACGCGAAAGGGAGCGUGAAGCCUGCCGCAAUCUCAACUCAGAGAUCAAAAAUGCCGAAUGACAGUCGCUAAUCACCAGCAGCAGCAGCAGCAGCAGCAGCAGCAGCGGAAUAUAGUUAGGCUUUUAUCCCCAGACAUAGAGUAGGGAUAUAUAGUAGAAGGAGGGAUCUUCCCGGAGUAUGCAUUUGAUUAAACAUUUAAACAUAGAGAGAGACACACAACAUCCAACAUACAAUACCAUUUACAUAUAUAUAGAGAGGGAUCUAUGUAUUGUAUGCUAAUUAUAGUUAUUUAUUAUACCAUUUAAUAUCGUUAAUGUAAUUAUAAUGAAUCCCCCCACCCCCCUCAAACACCACCCACACGCCCACAUAAAUACAUACAAUGCAUUGGUUAGUUUGUCCCCCAAAACCCCUCAACAGCACCACAACCAACAUUUUACAGUCCCCCUAGCCGCUAAGACUCACGGAAUCAUUAACGUAUCGUAUCGUAUAUCGCAUCGUAGUGGAUCCCAAAUGCUGAUGAAAUUACAAAUUUAUUUUUAGCACUUUUGGAAAACUCUGGCCCUGUUGCAAUACGUGUUAAGCUCAUGUUAAACAUAUACAUUUAAUAAUAUAUCCAUCGAUGAUAACUCUUAUGGUAUGUGUGUAGGAGAGUAGUAUAAAUAUGACCCCUUUCGAUUUUCAACUUCAGUUUUUACAUUAUUUAUACCAUGUGUAUAUCGUACUAUGAAUGUAUCUCAACACCAUGCAUAUCCACAUACCCCCAACACUCAUAUUCACACACAAACUUUCGCAUUACUGCACCUUAACUUGUAAUACUAUAAAUAUAUAGUAUAAAAGAAUGACAUCCAUUGGGCAUCAGUGUUCGGAUGAACAUGAUGCCAUUUACAAAGGAAGCACAACAACAAGCAAAAGAAAAGGAACAAUAUAUGUAUCUCGUUUUUAGUUUUAACUUGCCAAGACACCCCUUUUUGAAUGAUAAUACAGAGAGUUACGUACCAGCGAGUAACCUUCACCUGGAAACGGUUCCCGCAUCUUGUUAAUUGUUUUAAAUGCCCCCAAAUGUGGCUGGAACGGAACCAACUUUCCUUCCCUUGCACCACAUUCUACCAUAGCGCAGGCACAUCCAUCGCAUCCAUCGAUUAGGGAUAUCAUCGCCUGCCUGAAUCACAAUCAGAACUCAACCGUGCACAGCGUAAUUCGUACAAUUUAUUUAUUCAAUUUAUUUACAUUUGAAAA